AUGGCCGGCGAGGAUCAUCACGGGAUCCAGGCAGCCAAGACCAAGACCAAGAGGGAAGCUGCGACCAACAUGUCACGACAAUUUCCGCACAGCUCCUGUCCAAAUGCGGCCAUCUUGUCGUCCGAUAUCUCUGUCACGACCCAGAGCGUGUCCGUGAACGCAACCUGCUACCGGCGGCUCUUCUUCCUGGAGGCGGGUUUGUCUGCUCUGACACCUCGUCCCCACUAA